GGAAAAUCGCCCAGUCGGCGGUUGGCUCUUUGGGUAGGAGGACGUGCGCGGCGGAGAUGAGGUUCCAGUGCGCUUUGCUCCUGUCGUUGGCAGUUCUUUGCCUUGGGAAACCGGCUAAGCAGUCUGCAAACGAAGCAUCAGCUGAAACGCAGAAUACCACCGGUGGCCAGGCGUCACCAAGCGCUCCUUCUGAGACGACUGGAACGAGCAACAAUCAGGCCCCAAGCAAGUGCCCGAUCGACCAUGGGUGUGUCUCGGGAAGUUUAUGCCCAAUGAACAAUCGCAGACCAAAUUUCACAUGUUCGGGUCAAAAGAUUUGUUGCGUCAUGGACCAGCCUUCAGAUCGAUUAAGACGUGAAACUCCAAGGAGAGAGAACCGUCGACGGAAACGACCUCAUUUCGCUGGGAGACCACAACGCCCGCAAAGACCUCAGCGACCCCAAAAUCAGAAGAAAACGGUACUAUAUAUGGAUUUCUAUGAUGACAAUUACGAAUCCGCUUACGGACCUAUUCUUUCACCACAUGCGAAAGAAAUGCUGCACAACUUCAGAUACACGAAGGAAUGCGGUGUUCGACAUGAGAGUCCGCAGUUGCUGUCGAGGGUGUCUUCAGGUUAUCUGUAUGAACGAGGUUUCACUAGCUAUGGAGAAUUCCCAUGGCAUGUGGCUUUGCUGGUGAGAGAGCGGGUCUUUCGAAGACCGAACGUUUACAAUCUGCGGCCGCGGGAGGAUGUGCGCUACAAAUGUGGAGGAUCACUUAUCGACGACAAACACAUUGUCACAGCUGCCCAUUGUGUUUUCGGCGAGAGAGUGAAUAGGCUUAAAGUUCAUCUUGGUGAAUGGAAUCUCCAGGGAACCACCGGCGAGUUGUUCCCAGCUGUGGAGCGAGAAAUUGCUAAUGUGCACAUACACAGCGGAUUCAAUCCUGCUACUUAUGCCCAUGACAUAGCCGUGCUGAAGAUGUCAUCCCCUGUCGAUUUUACGAAGACUCCUCAUAUUAGCCCGGUUUGUUUGCCUACAAAACCCUUCAAAGACCACAAAAAGUGCUUCAUUGUCGGCUGGGGAGAUGACGUGUACAAGCCAAAUUUCGGCAGCAAUAUCCUGCGGUCUGUGUCCGUCCUUUACACUGGUGAUCAUGACGAGUGCAGAGCGAAACUAUUCAGUUCCUUUAAGGAUGGUACCCUUGAUCCUUCCUUCAAUCUAGACGAGGAGCAUCAAAAGUGUAUCAUUGGCGAAUAUGGGAAGGAUGCAUGUGUAGGCGACGGCGGUGGAGCAGUGGUAUGCCCUCUGACAAAUGAGGAUGAGCCGGUGCCAUGCGACAAAUAUCGCUGCGCAGAGAAACACUAUUUCAUUGCUGGCAUUUUAUCUUACGGUUCACCAAAUUGUGGAGAGUCGUCCACUACUAUCAUCACGGACAUACUACGGAACAAGAAUUGGAUAAAUGCCAUCACUGCCCAGACUUAUUAAGUAUUUAGCCCUCGAUCUUUUAAUGAAGCAAUGACCAUUAUUUCAUAAUUUUGUGAAAAUUGUUGAAAUUUUGUUUGGAUAGGAAGCUAAUAAAUGAACGAAUAACAUAUAUUUAAAUGUCUUGCACUUUCAAAAGAAUUUAUAAUGCAUUCUUAUGUAGACCUGGA